CACUCGCCCUCGCUGAGACUCAAUGGCGAAAAUCCGGGUCUCGUAUGAGUACUCCGAGGCGGAAGACAAAAGCAUUCGGCUCGGGCUUUUCCUCAUCGUGUGCGGCAUCCUGUCCCUGUUCAUCCUCUGCUUUUGUUGGCUCAGCCCCACCCUGCAAAGCAUGCAGAGCAAGCCGGCCAACUGCACGGUGAUCUCCGUCAGGCGCCUGGAGGAGUCCUUCGAGUGCGUUUUCACGUGUGGAACCGAUUGCAAGGGAACGUCGCAGUACCCCUGCCUCCAGAUAUUCGUGAAUAACUCCGAGUCCAAUUCUGUGGCUCUCCUCCACUUCGACGAGCAACAGCUGCUGCUGAACCCGAAGUGCUCUUACGUGCCUAAGUGUGAGCGCGACAACCAGAAGAUGAAGGACGACGUGCUGAAGCUGCAGACCUACUGGAUAGAGGAGGGCAGCAACCAGUCAUUCAUAUGCUACUUCAACCCACAGAGGCGGCCAGAUGACGUGCUGUGGCGCCGGACGCAUGAUGCCAGCGUGCUUCUGCACUGCGUGCUGUGGCCAAUGAUGAGCCUGCUGGUGGGCACGCUCAUCGUGCUCCUGACCGUGUGUGCCCGGAGCCUGGCCGUACGCGCGGAGGCCAUCCAGAAGCGGAAGUUCUCCUAA